AAACCUCAUCAUUGAUACCAAAUCAAAUCAAAUUUUCUACCUUUUUUUUUUUCAUGUCAUAACCUCCAAAUCCUCCGCUUAUUCUUACCAAUUAUAUAAUACUAUUUUGUAUAUAUAAAUCUUACCAUUUGCUAUUUUUAUAACUUGGCCAACAACAUCUAAAAAAAACAACAUGGAUGACCAUGAUGAAGUUGAGGUCCCUCAAUAUUUUCUUUGUCCAAUUUCCCUUCAAAUUAUGAAAGAUCCCGUGACGGCCGCCACGGGAAUAACCUACGACCGCUCGAAUAUCGAGCGGUGGCUUAAGGCGGCCGUCACGGGACAACCUUUAUGCCCCGUGACAAAACAACCUCUCCCUAGCCACAAUCUUACCCCUAACCAUACCCUCCGCCGCCUCAUCCAAGGUUGGUGUGUAGCAAAUGCUAGCCGUGGUGUUGAACGGAUCCCUACACCUAAAGCCGUCCUUGGGAGGGCUCACAUCAUGAAGAUCCUACGUGGGCUUAGUGUACCUAACAUGCAGUCCACCUCACUGGAUCAACUCCUCUCUUUGAUAUCUACUUCUACUGAUCAUGCCAAGGAUGAGGAGAGGAAGCUCAUGGCUGAGUGUGGGGUCGUUAAGGCCAUGGUUUCGUUGAUUCUUAAGUGUUAUAAGGAAAAAAAGACCAUGUUUUUAAACGAGGCUUUGGUGAUUCUUAGUUCAAUUUGGAUUCCAGCUGAUGUGUCAUUGGAAGUAAGGUCCAUUGUUGCGGACAACAAUGACCUUGUAGAUGCCAUCACGUGGGUCCUCCUCGACUUAAAUGUUGAAGGGAGGACCCACGCGAUUAAUCUAAUGAAAGAGGUGGUCAAAGUUGCGGGCUCCAGCCUCAUUGAGAGGCUGAAGCCGGAGUUUUUUAAAGGAGUAAUUGGUAUUUUAUUGGAUCGUGGUAAUGACAAUGAUAAUAAGAAUAUAAAUGUGGGACCCAUCAAGGCGGCCAUCCGAGUUUUGUUAGAGGUGUGCAAGCAUGGGAGGAAUAGAUAUAAAAUUAUUGAAGCCAACACCAUCUACCACCUCAUCGAAAUCGAGUUAGAGUUGGUCCAAGGCCAUGCCCAGCCCGAGAAGUAUAAGAAAUUGAGUGAGCUCGUAUUUUGCCUCUUAGCUCAAUUGUGCACAUGUGCUGAUGGACGAGCCCAAUUCCUAGGCCACUCUGGCGGGAUUGCUGUAGUGUCCAAGAGGAUCUUAAGGGUCUCACCCGUGGUGGAUGAUCGUGCAGUUCAUAUAUUCGGGUUAAUAUCCAAGUUCUCGGCCACCAAUGAGGUGUUGCAUGAGAUGUUGAAGGUGGGUGCAGUUUCAAAACUUUGCAUGGUGUUACAGGCAGAUUGUGCAAAAUAUUUGAAGGAUAAGGUGCGAGAAAUGCUAAGAAUGCAUUCCUAUGUUUGGAAUAACUCACCUUGUAUUCAGGUUUAUCUUUUAACAAGGUAUCCUAUGUUGCAAUUUUGAUAUCAUACUAUGGUAUAUAUGGUAUACAACUUUAUAAAGUUCUUCAGUAAUGGUUGUAGUGAAUUUUAGGGCCGGGGUAGCCAAAGUAUGGAAUGGAAUUAUGUGUGUUUCAAAUUGUAAAUUAUGACAUACAUAUGAUUUUGAUCAA